CGCCCUCUGCCGCCUCCUCCGCCUCCUCCGCCUCGUCCUCCGCCGCCGCCGCCGCCGCCGGCCGCCCGGCACAAGUCUUCUUCAGUGGUCAGUCUGUUGGUUGGGUUUCCACGGCCCGGCCCGUACUCCUCGUCUCUCUCUCCCAGUCCUUGCUUGUCGCCUGCCUGCCUCUCUGCCUGCCUUGCUUGCUCGCAGCCGCCCAGCCAGCCAGCCAGCCCUUCUCUCCUCUUCCUCCACCACCAGAUAUCCCAGUUGUUACGCUCUCCUUCCCCCUCGUCUUCCUCCUGGAUCGCCUGCCCUCGCCCUCUCUCUCUCUUCCCCUUCCCCCCCUUCCUUUUCUCCCUGUCGUACCCCUCUCUUCCCCUCCCUGGCUCCUACCGACUGCAUCCGCCGCCGCUGCCGCCGCCGCCGCCGCCAGAGACCGAUGUCGAGCACGACCACCACUCAUUACUCCAACUUGUAACACACCAUCUCCUCUCGGAUCAAGUGUCUUCUCUCUCCAUCUCUCAACAUCACCAUCAUCAUCUUUGUUUCACCCCCCUUCCUCUUCCCCCUCCCCCCAACAACCAACCGAACGUCCUCCUCCCCCAUCACCUAUCGUCCUUGUUGAUUUCCUCGUCGAGGUCGCCAAGAAGAAAACAUUGCAAGUUUGGCAUUGCCGUCAACAUAUCUGCACGACAGCUCCCCGGUUGCAUCGUUUCGACUCCGCUGUAAUACACGCUCAGCGCUCACCCAACGCGCGCAUCGGUAAUCCUCCUGUCACAGGCUCUCAUUCGCCUCGCACCCCAACAACUUCUCUACGCGUUUCGCAUCCGUGCUCCAAGGCAUCAACCUGUGUCCUGCCCCCUUUGUGACACGCAGCAGCGACCCAGCGCACGCAACAAACGAUCAGCAGCAUCAGUCUCGCUCGUAGCACUUGCGAGCGAGACACACCUCUCCAACAACUAGUCGCGACCAGAGGCGCCAUUUCAUGUCCCUCACUACCACCGCCCCGCUCAGCCUCCCCCCUCACCCAACCGACAGAGUCCAUCCGUCGAUGUCCUACCCCCCGACCGACGACCGCGCCUACCAAGGCUACUACAGCCGCCCCGCUCCGGGUUCUGCGCAUGGCCCGCCCGCGCCUGAUGCCUCGUCGCCGGAGCGUCUGCACUCUGCUGGUGGCCCGUACCCCAAGGCCAUCCCGCCCCAUGGAGUGCCCCCGCAGUCACCCUCGCAUGCGUACCCCCCACAGGACAUUGGCCCGGCGCCAGGUUCCUCUCAUGGGUACCCACCUCAGCAGCCUAUCACCCCUCUGAGCGGCUCGGCCGGCUACCCUCCGCAGGCCCCCCCUCAGCCCUACUAUGGAGUCGCCGGCGCUGGCCAGGACCCCAGCCUACCAAGCCCUCCUGCUGGCCCCGGCAGCAGACCCGGCACUGCAGGCUACACUCAGGAAGGCGCUCCCAUCGUCCCAGUUGGCAUCAGCGGCGGCAAGAUGUUCCGCUGCCGUGGCUUUGGCGAAUGUGACAAGGUGUUCACCCGCAGUGAGCACCUCGCACGCCAUGUCCGCAAGCACACUGGAGAACGUCCAUUCCCGUGCCACUGUGGCAAGGCCUUCUCUCGACUCGACAACCUGCGUCAGCACGCGGCCACCGUCCACGCCGACCAGACGCAGUUGAACGAAGCAAUGCUCACCUCCCUGGCCUCUGUCCAUGCUGCCCUCUCUCAGCGCGCCAACCGCGAACAGAGGCGGCGAGGUGAGGUUGUCGAGGUCCCCAAGAAUGCGGUCGAGCGACCACGCGGCGACCGCAAUAGCAAGAACCCCCCCACUGGUCCCGUUCAGAUUCCACCGGGUGGUAUUUACAACUCAGGUCCGGGUUACCACCAACCCCAUGGUGGCUGGGCCCCUCCUCCAGAGCACGGUGGACGCCCUAGAACGGCGGGAAGCUGGGUCGAGUACCCACGUCCUCCUUCCUCUGCCGGUGGUCACCCCUACCCCGCCGGAUACUACGAGCAGGGACCUCCCCCCUCGUCGCACGGUCGCCCCCCGACUGCCAAUGCGCCACCCGGCACUGCCGGCUCGGAUGACUCGUCGCAGGUCGCGUACCCUUACCGCCCCGUGUCGUCAAAUGGCCCUGGUGUUCCUCAGGCUGGGAACUGGACCUCGCCUCCGACUCCGCACGCCGGCUACCCUCCCUCGGACCCAAGCCUGUACCCCCAAGGGUCCGUACCUCCACCAGACGGACAGCACCCAUACCCUCCUGAGCACGCGCAGGGCGGAGCUGGUUACGGACCGCCUCCACCAGGCUCGUCUGGAGGUUACUACUACCCCGCGCAGCAGGGCGGCCAAGGCUACUAUGGCCAGCAGUCACCAGCGCAGCAACACCCGGCGACGUUUUCGUCGGUGCCCCCUCCUGCUGGCGGUGCUGCUCCUGCUCAGAGCUACCCUCCCAACUACAACGGCCAGGCGUCCGACUCUCCGUUCCAGUACAAUGCCCCUCCAGGUGGCUCGUACCCGUACCCGCCUGGUGGCUACGACCAGCGCAAGCGUCGCUCUGACGACGAUUCGGCUGAUGCGCGCAAGCAUCCAAGGGCAAGCAACGAGGCUGCCCCAUCUGGUGAGCCUCGCGCCCCUGGUCAACCCGGGCAAGACCCCUUGUGGCUCCCGCCAACCGCUGAGCGCCGCUCGUCUUUAGCAAUCAGCGCUCUCCUCGGCUCUCCACAGCAAGAGCAGCGCUCGAGACCGUCGACGGGUGAAAUGCCCCCAGGCGGUCAACCGCCCGCGGGCUACCCCUACUACCAGGACGACCGGGCAGGUGGCGGUGUGCCCGGUGGCAUCAGAGGCGGCGGCGGCGACCGCCCUGGCGACCGAAAGCCCAAGGCACUCGUUGCCGAGUAGAGGGAUUUGGCUUGAUCGACUCGCUGGUCUCUUGUCUCUUCUCCCCCCAUCAUCACCCCCACACAAAGUGUAUCGAAACGAAAGCUCGCCCCUGUUCGCCAUCAUCAACUGAUACUUGUGGCGAGUGUAACAUCUGAUCUUUCAUAAUGGCGUACGCGCUGUGCGUGUCUAGACGUCGUCGUUCUCCGUCUCUCCUCAUUAGUAUAAGUGUAGUGCCGCGAGCCGGCCCCGGAAUCUAGUACCCUCCCGGAUAGGUGAUACCUACUUGGCCCGGCGGGCACUGCUCACGGCCUCGCGUAUGCAACCAGUGGCGUAUG